AAUAAAAGAAAAGAGAGUACAUUGGUCUUUAUAUAGUGCACUGUGUUGAGGUUUUUAAAUCGCCGAUUGCAUGUGGGUCACGAGUUGCAUUCGUUCCAGCUAAUGAGAUAGAAGAUUCGCCGAGCUAAGAGGAAGAAAAUGUGGAGCUCGGUUACCGCAGCUGGCACUGAAAAUGGACCAGCACCACCUUCGAGGAGCAAGCACAGUGCCACCUUACUUGCCGGUCACGUAUAUCUUCUCGGUGGUCGAAAUGGAAACCUACCUCUCAAAGAUCUCUGGCGAUACAGCCUCGCGGAAAGCAAGUGGGAGGAAUUGCAUCCGGGCGGCGAAAGACCGCCGGCUCUUCAGGAACAUAGCGCGGUGGCGUAUAAGGAUUGCCUCUACGUUUUCGGCGGCGAACUGGGUUUCUCUGCGGGAACGGAGACGCCACUCUGGGUUUAUAACGUCAAGACAAGUGUAUGGAGAAAGGUGAGAGCUCAACGAGGUUGCGUGAUUCCUAGAGGUCGAAGAGGCCACACCGCCUUGGUACAUCGCGGACAAAUGCUCAUAUACGGCGGUUAUCAAGACUUACGUGGAAGCUCCUCAGAACUGUGGUCUUUUCAUUUCGAAACUGAAUCUUGGCAUCUGCUUUCGUCGAGCGAAAGCGGGCCGGCUGCAAGACAUAAGCAUUCGGCGGUUUUGCACGGUGAUGCGAUGUACAUUUACGGUGGGAUGACGGAUCUUCAAGAAAGGAACGAUUGCUGGCGAUGGGACGUGAACAGUGCUUCGUGGUCCAUGCUGAAGAACAAACCAGGUCCCGGACCUCUUCAUGGCCACGCAGCGUGCAGAUUGCCAAGUUGCAUGUUGAUCUUUGGCGGUGAGAGCGGUGGUUUGGCGACAAACGAGCUAUGGAGAUUUCAUUUCGGCACAGAAACCUGGGAGAAGCUAUCAGUACCAGGACCAAAACCGCAACCGAGAGCUGAAAGCGUCGCUCUCGCAGUAUCCGAAUUGCUGAUUCGUGGAACAGGUAUCGACAAUUCCAAACCGAGGCUGAGAAACCAAAGGCCUAGGCUGUCGAGCAAUAGAAUAUCACCAAACGAGGCACCCUCUGCCAGACCCAGCUUUCUCAGGGAAAUUUCAAAAUUAUCGCAAAUAAAUCUGUCGAGGCUCAGUCAUCCGACGAAGUGCAGUUAUUCAGUUCUCAGUGGACAUGACGAUAAUGAAGAAAGCCCUCAAGAGGCAAAUACGUAUUAUCCUUUUCAGCAAGUGGACGUCGAAGUGGUCGAGCCCUCCACGGGAAUGGUAAAAUCUCGCAGCGCCAACACGCUGGCCCGCCGAAGACAAAAAGCGUCGGAAGGAGCGGCGAGGACGGUUGACGUUAGCAAUAUUAACAAUACUUCUGGUAUGACCAGAGAUCCUAUUUCGGUGCCAAACUUUCGUGCUUUGACGUUACCAACUCCUGUUCUCACGCCUGUAGAGGCUGCUAGAUUGGUCUUCGUUGAUCCAGAUGAGAAUAGUGACAACGAGGAGCGCAAGGAACCGCCCACGUCGAGACUGAUUGAAGUUCAAGAAGAAAGACGGGAUUUCGCAGCGAUUCACCAAGCUUGUCAACCCACUCGCGGUGAGAGUUACAGCUCGCAUCUUUACGAAGCCGCUCUGCAAACGCCAAAAACUCCGACAACGACGAAGAUCCCUACGUCCGCCUCCGUUCGAUUCGCCGAUCUUGAAGAAGGCGAAGAAUCGACAUCGGAUUACGCGAGUAUCGAAGCGAGAAGUCCGGGUGAUCCGCUCGCGGAAGAUGACUGGGUGUCCGGAAGAAGAUCAAAGCCACACAGACCGAUUGUCACUUCGUCGACGAUACGAGAGGGCCAAUUCGGUUUCUGUAAUCCGAAUUACCUUGGUCUGGACGAAACAAAAUCUGGCCAUCAUCAUCAUCACCACCACCACCAUCAUCAUCAUCAUCAUCAACAGCAGCAGCAGCAGCAGCAGCAGCAGCAACAACAACAACAGCAACAACAACAGGAUGGAAAGUAUGCCAAGUUGCUCAACAGUCCGCCCGAUAGCGUAUUAGAGGAUGAACCUGGAAGAUCGGCUUCACAAACAUUUGCGGAGCUCUUGGAGCUUCAAGAGAUUAGAAGGGUACCCCGAGCGCCACCGAAGAGCUUGCCAUUGGGUUCGCCAUCGAGAAGAGCGGUGAGCGCGUCGAGAGCUGAGAGGCAAAGGGCUAAGGUAGCGGCGGUGGAUGCAACCGACGCUAAAACACCUUCUUACGGACCAGCACCUUUGUAUGUUUUUUUGGUUGGUGGCAAAGAAAAGGGCCAAGUCACGGUGUUCGCCAGACCGGUCUCUCUUUGGAAGCUACAGCUCGCGCCGCAUAUCUUCUAAGGAUGAUCGAUGGUCCACUUUAGCUGAGUCAUCCGCGCACUGUUAGUGAUAAGAAAAGUA